GAAACAGCUAUGGCGGACCCACACAGGGACAGCCUUGUGUCCGUCUCGCCAGUGGAAGAUUAUAAUCCAUUGCAGGAUGAUUUUCCAAUGUCAGUAGAAGAAAAUGAUGCUGAUGGCAGUGAUGAUUUUGAUGACGAUUCACCAUGUGUAUCAUUAGAUGCAGAAAAUGAUCCAAGAUUUGAUGUAAUGAAAUACAGUAUAACACCACCUCCAGAUCCAAGGCGUAUGAAACGAGAAAAGAGUAAACAACAAUCUCACACACAUCGGGUAUCUCAGAAGGAACACAAAGAAAAGAUCGAGAUGAGGAGGAAGUCCCUGGGACGUGGCCCUAUGAACGUCAUAAAGGAAAGAUAUCGAGGAGAUCAAAUGUUCUCCAUGCUUAGUGGCGUAGACUCUGACGAUAACCUCGAAAGAGAUUUUCCAGAAAAUGAAAAAGAAAAGAAACACAAAGACAGUCGUGAAUCUAAAAAGAAAGUACUGACAACUACAAGGGCUUAUGAUCGAACUUUGAAAAGAACUUCAAGUGAUUUAACAGCUCUUAAUACAGACACUGCGGAAGUGCCACUGUAUUCAACAAUAACAAGACAACUGGACAGUUCUGGACGAUUUUCUGGUUUGGUUAAGUCAUCUCCUCUCACCCUAAGUGGCAGUGGGGCAUUUGGAUCGAUGGGUCUAGGAAUGAGUUGGGGACGAGACUUCAGAAGGCAAUCCAUGGCAAAUGUGGAGUGCCCAAGAGAUCGUGUGGAAUUCUAUAAGAUAUUCCAGGCUCUUAUCCACAUGGGGUCACAAGGAGGGAGGAAAGAUAAAGAUGUCAAAGGAAAAGAUAAAAGUAGUAACCCAUACUACCGACGACAAAUGAGCACGGAACAGGAGCUGUUUCAGGAAAGGUUCAGUGACUUCCUCUGGCAGGAACUGCAGUGGGAACUUCAUGGCUAUGGUGAUGACAGACUAAAAAUUGAACGUGCCAAAAUACCUGAUGUAUUAGAAAAAGUUACAUGUUUCAAAAUUGCUAUUGACAUGGGGGAAGAAAUGGUAGAUGCAGGCAUCAAAGAGAUUAAUUUGCUCUCUCCAGCUAAAGCAGCAAAGAGAGAGAUAUUUGAUAAUGACACCGUGACUCUGAGUCCAAUUUCUAUAAAGAGACAGCUAGAAGCAUUAAAUCAAGUGGAGGAACUCCUGACCAAGUUAGAUGCUUUGGAGCAAUUGUUUCCCACAUCAAAAGCCUUUGCCAAAGAAUUCCCUUUGUAUGGGACACCAAACUUUAAAAACCGUGUGAAGUCUUUGUACUUAUGGUUGAAUAUUACUAGAGAUCUUUGUCACAAAAUGAAACUCUUAGGUAAGAUACUUGGUGUUCAACACCUUAACGAUGUAUUCUGGCCAAUGUUAGACUUUGAAACACCCUGCACAGCUGAACCAAGGGCUACAUAUAGUCACUAUCGGUCUAGCUUACCAGAAAUUCUGGAGCCAGAUUUAAGUGAAGAUGACAAUAUUGAAGAUGAUGAAGAUGACAGUAGUGCAAAUGUCAUCUCUGAAGAAGACAGAACCCCAUCACCUCAAAUCAAAACAUCCAAAAAAGUCCAAUUUUCACUGGGAAGUGCUCGUUCCUCAAGGAACUCAAGCCCCAUCACAGUAGAAAUGCCUGAUACAUCCACUCCGGUCAAGCAACCAUUUUUACGUUACUGGACCCCAUCUAACAGUCUGUCUCACAUUUCCAGUGAAACUAGUCUGGAGGACAUGACUGUUGUCACCAGCUGUGUCUAUAGAAAGUAUGUAGACAAAACCUUACGCAGAAUGGGAAUGAACAAAAUGCUUAUACGAUUUCGUGAACUAUUAGAUAGGACUUUACAGAGAGCAAAGGAAGCAUUACAAAGACCAAAGGGACUAAAUGUAUCUGACUCUAACAGUAAAUCACCUGCUGAAGAGAAGUCCCAUCUAUCAUCCUCACCUGGGCUUGACUUGUUACCGUCGGAUUUGGCGUCCCCGACAUCAUUGACGUACCAUCAGAGUACAAGCCAAACUGACCAGGAGUCCUUGGUAACUCACUUCACAGAGAUGGGCCUGCCCUCGUUCCGACCCAGCUACCUCUUUCUUCUCAAUGUGUUCCUGGAAGUUAUUCAUGAAGCCUUGCGGCUUAGGCUGGAACAGAGACCCAAAGGAGAACCAUCAUUCCUCAGUAUUCGUCCUCUAUUGCGUGAGUGUAAGGAUGUAUUACGAGGUGCUGUCAUAGUGAAGCAGUAUUACCAACAAAUGGUGGCCUCUGUUAGAUCUGAUGAGGAGUUUGCUGAUGAGGAGGAAAACUUUCCUGACCUUGAACAGUUCGACGAUGAUAUGAGGAAGAUGCUGGAAAUCUACUUCACAUACAUCCAAACCUGGUUGAUAACUUUACAAAACCUACCAGAAGCCUCCAGGAGUCUCAAAAAUGUACUGGAGCAGGAAUGGAGCUUCACCAAACAGAUUUGUCCCCAUGUCAGGGGCGGUGAGGCAGAGGCAGGCAAACGAUUCAGUUCAUUGGCCAGUAGCCUGCUAUAUUCUAUUGCUGAUUUCCUGGACUCUGGUAUCGACGAUUUCAGUAUAUCAUUGUAUGAUUGGACAGCUCUAGAUGAUGAUGAUGACGAGGAUGAUGAUGAAGAUGGAGACAAUGAAAAUGAUGAUUCUAUAGGAAAUGACAAUGAAAGGAAUGAAGAAGACAAGGAGAGGGAGGAAAAGGAGAAAUCCCAUAUAUUAGAGCUGAGGCAUUCAUUCCAGAAAACAUCCAGAAAAUGCAAGAGUUUGUUCAAUGAAGCACGCGAGAGAGCUUCAAAAGCUCUAGGGUUCGCUAAAACAUUACGUAAGGACCUGGAAAUUGCUGCAGAUUUCAAUAUUGCUGAUACAACUGUACAACUGCUGGAAAAACUUCGUGAAACUGACCAUGUCAUGGUUGAGGCUCCGCUGAACACGGGCUACCUCAUGUUUAUCCCUUCCAGUAUUGUGGAUAGUCGCCAGCUUAUCAUCCAACUGCUGAACGUGACUUGUGGUCGAGAGGACCUGACUGGGUCCCACGAUAUGAACCAAAGGGAUGAGGGCUACCUUCUCAUGGUUAAUUGUAGUGGGGGGACCGACCAUAAGGAUGAGUGUCCCUUGUGGACAGGGGAGACAAUCCAGGUGGAACCCACUGCAGAUACAGCCAUAGCUUUGUCACAUAUUGAGGUGGAUGGCCUCUUGUUGGUUGUGAUCCAUUCAUCACACCUGAUGACACAGAGGAAAGAAUUUGAGCAGCUGAUGGGUAAAUCUGUGGCGCUGGUCAACGAACAGACGUCCUGUCACCAAGCCAUAGCAGAAUCUCUUGGGGAACUCAAGGAGGCAGCUGAACAGCUACAGGAGAAAGUGGUGGCUGCCAUUAAAGAGGUGGAUACCAAACUCAACUUCGAUGACAUUGCCAAACUUGAGGAAAAUGAAAGGAACCACCUUCUGAACCUCUACAGAGAGACUAUGCUCAAGGGAUACAACUUCGGCUUUGAGUACCUGAGAGAAGUGACUCGUCUGGUUACUGGUGAACCAAGACAAAACUUGGGGCGUCGGCUUGUUAACUUUGCGCAAGACUGGAUGAACUUUGUGAUGGAAAAAUGUGAGCGUGGCAGAGGGAUGAGGCCCAAGUGGGCAAGUCAAGGCUUUGAUUUCCUCAUCACGGCUUGUGAGCCCCGAGUCCUGGCAUAUCUCUCUGUGGACGAGUUUGAGAAAUUGAAACAUGACAUCCACAACUGUAUUUCUCAUGUUAUUGGUCAAGCAGAGAAAUACACUCCUGUCAGCCCAACUCAUGGUCCUAUGCACAUGUCAAGGUCAUCCAGCGGUGACAUGAGCAGCAGCCGCCAGCCUCCGUACCUUCGCUUCCCAUCCUGGCCAGAACAACAGGGCAAGGUUUCAAGGUCACUAUCGAAUCGAUCGGCCCAGAGUGAGCCGCCCAACACUCCCCAGUCAGCCGAGUCCAGAUCAGGGUAUAAGCGUCUCUCGACAGAUAACUCACCAGAGGUCGAUUUACACGACAGUGAGGACGGUCCACCUGCCGAUAUGUUCCUGAGGAGACGCAGUAGAGCAAGUUCUGGUGACCUGGGGAGCACAAUGAAUACUAUAUCUCGCCGGGAUAGGCUGAUGGCUGCUAUUGAUAAUCUGGAAGGCACCCGAGAUGAAAGGUUACAAGAAAGACGAGUGGUAGGGCGGAAGACCAGUCGGAGAAACGAACCCGAACAGCGUAUCAGUGCACGACGUGUCAACUUCAGGUGGCAGAGGGGUACAAAAAUUGGUGAAGGUCAAUUUGGCAAAGUAUUCUCAGCUGUCAACAUGGAUACCGGUGAAUUGAUGGCUAUGAAAGAGAUGAAGUUUCAAAUCAAUGACCAUCAAGCAUUAAAAGAGAUAGCGGAUGAGAUUACACUGUUUGAAGGAAUACUUCACCCAAAUCUUGUAAAAUAUUAUGGUGUUGAAGUGCACAGGGAUGAAAUGUUGGUAUUUAUGGAGUACUGUGACCGUGGAACACUAGAAGAAGCUGCCAGGAUGGGUCUUCCUGAAUCACUGAUCCGUAUCUACACCAAAGAGAUUCUGUUGGCUGUCAAUCAUCUCCAUGACAAUAACAUUGUACACAGGGAUAUCAAAGGUGCCAAUAUUUUCCUUACAUCGAGUGGUUGUCUAAAACUUGGAGAUUUUGGUUGUUCAGCAAAGUUAAAAAGCCAUACAACCAUGCCUGGAGAGUUCAACAACUUGGUGGGGACUACAGCGUACAUGUCACCUGAGGUGAUCACCAAGGUCGGUCAUGGUAGAGCAGCAGAUAUCUGGAGUCUUGGCUGUGUGGUCAUUGAAAUCUUUACAGGAAAGAGACCCUGGCAUGAGUUUGACAACAACUUCCAGAUCAUGUUUAAAGUAGGCAUGGGAGGUACACCGGCGAUCCCAGAGAAGUUGAGUGAGGAGGGCAAGGAGUUCCUAUCUUUCUGCUUUGUACAGGACCCAGCUGACAGGGCAACAGCCAGCUUUCUUGUCGACCAUGCCUUCGUAAAGGUCUGAUAAUACAUUGCAUGCAGACACAGUCGACAUCCAAGAAACGGCUUCACAUGAACGGACAGAAGAUAGUGAAUCUCCAUUGGAAUGAUGACUGCAGAUCGCCGUGCUGAUCACCAUUUGUUAAAAGGCUGUUCAUGGAGUAUUAUAUUUGGUGCUGCAGGUUUUCACAGUCAUGUUUUAAACAUAUGGAAAGUUUGUAGUCUGUAUAGUCAAGGCACCUGUCAUGGUGCCAUUCAUCAAGUCAAAAUAUGUCACAAAAAUGUUUUAAACAUUAAUCGUGACCAAACUUAUGUGAUAUAAUAUUUUUUGUCCAAAGACAUUCGUAAAUAAAGAGGCCAUUGUGAUAUAUUACAAAAAGUGGCCUUUAUCUCAUGAUGAAAUAAGAAAUGUAAAAAUUGUAAUUGUAAAAUAUUUAAUCUUAAGUUAUCAACUGUAUAUAGUGCUGACCACCACAUCUCACUCGCUGAAUGUGAGGUGGACUUUGUGAUAUUUUACGGAGGUGUUGCAAUAGCAACCACCUGGUCUGUGAUCAUGAUCUUUAAAGUAUUUUAGUGUUUCCCCCAAAGCAAAACCAAAUUCUAAUUUAUCUUCAAUGGUUAUAUAUCUCUUUAUUCCAGAUCUAAGAAAUUGUUGCACAACGUUUUCAAGCAUUCUUUAAAAAAAAUAAGGAGAUAAUUGCCGAAAAAGUAAUAUAGAAAUUGUCAAAUUUCAUGCAACCAAAUCUGCUAUUUUUGCCAGGUAUUUUUGUGUACAGACAAAUUUUGUCCAUAUGUACAAAAUCCCAUAAUUUCCUUCGUGUCUUUUUAUUGAUAGGAAUAUUUUAUUUUUCAUAGCUAUGAUAAUUUUAAUGAUUUUCCAAUGUAGAAAACAAAUUCAAGUGUGUAGAUUAAUUAGUUUUAGAUAAUGAUGACAAUCGAACGAGUUCACACAUUAGCUGUUUGAAGUGCAAUUAUGUGUGUUGAGUACCAUUAAAUCUACUCUUUGAUUAUAACGGUAAACCCCUAUCUACAAAUAAGCCCCCUUCUUCAUUUUGUCAAAAUCAUCAAUAUUAAGAUAGUAAGUUAAAUGUAGUUCCCAAAUAAACCUUCGACAAAUCUUUACACCAGGGGAGGGGGCUUAUUUGAGGAUGAGUACGGUAUAACAAAAACACUUACCGUGUUUCGUUAACACCAAAAGUCUUCCAUUUUGCUUACUGUCAGUUUGCUGUUUAAUUUGGACAUUUAGAUUAACUAGCCGGUAUCAUUAACAUAAUCAUGUAUCUGUUUAAACUUUCAAUGUUGUGAAUCGAGGUCUGUGGUGAAAUCAUACAAAAUCACACGUUUUUAAUUGUAUGCUAUGUAUAUUGUCACCAGAUCAUGUGAUACACCAGUUAAAAUUAUUCUGUUAUGCAAACUACUAGAGUCAGUAAUUGAUAAAUUUGAUCUUUAUUGAAAAGUCAAAGAUUCAUACCCAAAGACUUACAAUGUUUUUUUAUUUUAUGUGAUUUCAUAAAAAAAAAUGUAAAGAAAAAUAUUAUAAGUUGGUGAAAAUUCUGCAUUAUAGUAAAGGGCGAUUGAUGAAAUUUUCUUAGACAUGUUAUAUGCCCCUAUCAUAGAUAUGAUUGACACAAUUCAUGUAAUAACACUUUUGUGACACCAUGAAUAAACGACAUCGCAUAAUUUUCUCGGAAGUGGAAAAGUGUACCGUCCGAGUGGAAAUUCACUGGCCUUUAUAUGAAAUUAAUUUGCUUAAUGUUGUCUCAUGAAUAUUUGGAGCUAUUUGAGAAAUAGAAUCUUAUAGUUAAAUGAACUCAUUGUUGCAUUAAUACUAUGUAAGAUCCUCUGUUGUGUAGACCAGUGACCAUACAGGACAGUAAUCAGACUUACCAUCAUGAAUUAGUUAUCAAAUCAUGCAUUGUAAGAUUGAAGUGCCAGUAUUUUUAUCAUUCUGAUAAAAUGUGAUUCCAAGAUUUAUAACCAACUUAAAUUUGUGUGUGCCAGUAUAUUAUGUUUUCAAAAAAAUCAGAAAACUUGUUGUGAAUAUUUGCAUUAUAGUUGAAAUUGAAAUACUUGUUGGGUGUUAUAUUUUAAUGCAAAAAUCUAUAGGUGGUGAUUCUAAAGUAUCUUUAAAAAUAUAUAAUAUCUGUAAUCAUUUCCGUUUGUUGUCAAGAUAUCUAUUCAUCCAUUCCUGAAACAUCAUCGAAGUUCAAAUGACUUUUUGAACAAAUAUUCCGAUAGUAUCAAUAUCAUUAGUCAUUUAAUCUGGCAUCAGUUUGAUAAGGCCAAAGGAUAUAAAGUACAGCUAAAUAUGACAAAGUACUGAAUCAAGGUUUGAUUUAUAAUCAUUAUAAUGUUGCGGAAAAACUUGGUUUCGUAGCCAACUUUUGUUGUCGAAAUCUAGUGUAAUUGAGGGGAUUAAACAUAGAAAGUUCUUGAAGUAUUGGUAUGUUACAUGCUAGAACAUGAACCUGAAAUAACUGAAAAAGAAACUUCACAACUUGCAAGUAGAAGUAAAUCUAUUUUGAUAUUAAUCAUUUUCAUAAGCAUGUAAUUCGAUGGGAGUAUUAUGGUAUGGCAUUUGCUGUCCAUCCGAUAUCAGUAUCAACUGUUGUUUGCCCAGAGAUCUGCAUUUUUAGACUAAUCUCUGCAAAACUUUUAGGAAUUAUGAUUAUGAUGUAAGGUUGUUUCCAGUUAAGGCAUUUUUAUUAGGCUAUUUUUGCCUUUGAUUAGGCUAUUUUUGUAAUAGUUAUUCCACUGAAUUGCAGUAUUUUUUUUUGUCCAGAGAUUUAGAUCUACAUUUUUCAAACUUGGUAGGCUUUAUCAUCAGGGUAUCAAAUUUAGUUGGAAACUAAUUGUAAAGUGAUGCAAAUUUUAUUUCAGUGCAAGAUAUUAAUAUCUUACUCUACAUGGCCUUUGACAGGCAUAUAUUGUUCUGCCCUGCAGUACUCUUGUUUGGAGAAUUUUUUGAGAUUUUAUCAUCUCUUAUUUUUUGAAAUUCAUUAAAAGUACUGCUAAAUUUUCAUCAACGAUGGCUUCUGAACUUUAUGCUAUUUAUACAGAAACUGUUUUUACUCUUUUGAAGAAAUUGAUACAUGCAAAAAUAACUACUAAUUAAUUUAAAACAUAAGAAUUAGUUAAAUGGGCAAAACAAGUUGAUAUUUAUACUUUGUAUUGGUUAGAGAUUGUUAUGUCCACUUUAUUCACCAGCUGCUAGAAUUUGACUUCUUGUAAAAAUACAUCUUUGUAUAGAUGUACUCUUCAACUGUAGACAGGUUGGUCAGUGUUUGACCAGAGUUGUGCUCAGUUAAGACUGAAGUUGUCAGUUCGACUUACUUAACAAAAUUUUUAAUUGAAUGCUAUGGGACAUUGUGAGGAUCAUUGUUUAAAUGGUUAAGUUGAUGUUCGUUAUAUUUUCCAACUGUGAUAUACAAGUACAAUUCCUGGAUACAAUGAUAGAUGUGAUACAAAGUCCGAGAGAAGUGUAGCGGGGGUUUCCGCUGGCCCCAGCACCUGACAUCAGACAUCUUGACGGUGGAUGCAUGUGCGACAUUUAUUCGUCCAAUUACCUAACGGCUGGUGCUGGGGCCAGAGAAAAUUCCAGCUAAGUAAAAUGUGGCUUUAUUUGUUCGUUUUUUGGCAAUACCAGAAAGAUUUCAAUAAACGGUGAUCGUUUUGUUGCCUGCACCAGUUUGUUAGAUGGUAGGCACUUCGUGUCUAUUGCAAAAUUUUUACUUAAUUUUGGAUGUAGUGGCAUUUCAUUAAGGAGACAGCAUUUUGAAUCAUACGUUCAGCUGUCAUAAGGUGAUUCUGUAUCAAAGUUUUGUUUAAGAGAGUAAGAGAGAAAGAAUUUUAAGUCAGAAACAUAUGGUUUUAGUUGUAGUGUUUCAAUGGUUGUAAAUGGUUUGACUUUGGUGAUAUGGUUGAUUUUUGUUUGCUGGGUUUAUCGCCCCAUGAACAGCGAGGGUCAUUUUGGGGUGAGGUCUCCGUGUAGUAGGUGGUGAUUACUUCACUGAAAAAAAAUAUAGGAGGUACAAACAGUUGACAGUUAUCAAGACUUUCUGUUGAUAUGCAAUUGAGAAUCGGAAAACAUGGUUUACAAGAUUGUUAUACAGUGGUAAUUUAUUUGCUAAUGAACAGAAUACUGUACAAUGUAUUGUAAACAGUAUCCAAAUAGCUGUUGGUAUACACUACUGUACAAUGUAUUGUAAACAGUAUCCAAAUAGCUGUUGGUAUACACUACUGUACAAUGUAUUGUAAACAGUAUCCA